AUGGAUAGCUCCGCAAACAGGCAUAAUGAUCAUUUGGGUGUGAACAAAAUUGGGAAAAAUAUAAGGAAGAGUCCAUUGCACCAACCCAAUUUUGCUAAUAAUGCCGCUAGGCAACAGCCUCAGCCUCAGCCUCAGGUAUACAACAUAAGCAAGAAUGAUUUCCGCAACAUUGUUCAGAAGCUUACUGGUUCGCCAUCACAAGAACCCUUGCCUAGACCUCCUCAGAAUCCGUCAAAAUCCCAAAGUAUGCGGUUGCAGAGAAUUCGGCCUCCUCCAUUAACACCUAUCAAUAAUAGACCAGUAAUCCCACCUCCAGCUCCUCAUCCUUCAGCCCCACCACCGGUUCCAUACAAUAAUAACUUCAUGAGGCCUCAGUUUGGACAACCAUCACCUACACCAAUGCCGCCAUUUCCACAUGGAGACUCAAUGUGGGCAAAUACAGCUGAGUCUCCUAUCUCAGCAUAUAUGAGGUACCUUCAAAGUUCGAUGCUGGAUCCAACUCCAAGGGGAAACCAAGCACAGCCACAACCACAAGGUCCAGGUCAAAGUCAGUCUCAGGCACCAUCGACUGGUUUACUUCCUAACCCAUCCAUGCCUGCUCACCCGCCCCCAAGAAUGAAUGGUCCUGUACCACCUGCGCCUAAUCUACCACACCCACCAGUGAAUGUUCCUGCCCUCUUACCCUCACCAACUUCACAGUUCUUAUUGCCAUCCCCAACAGGUUACAUGAACCUGUUGUCCCCAAGGUCACCUUAUCCAUUGCUUUCACCUGGGAUGCAGUUUCCUCCACCACUGACCCCCAAUUUUCAGUUUUCACCCAUGGCCCAAUCAGGGAUAUUAGGUCCAGGGCCUCAACCUCCACCCUCUCCGGGUUAUUUAUUUCCUUUAUCUCCUUCGGGGUUUUUCCCCAUUUCAAGUCCAAGAUGGAGGGAUCAGUAG